AUGGUUGAGAAAAUGAUGCUUUUAGAAAUGGCAUGUCUUGUUUUGUGCCUUUGCAUGUUUGUAAAUGGCACACACCAUAUUGAAGGCAGUGAGGCAGAUGCUCUAUUGAAGUGGAAAGCAAGCCUUGACAACCAAAACAAGACUCUGCUCGCUUCGUGGACUGGUAAUAACCCAUGUCGUUGGGAAGGAAUUGAAUGUCAUCAUGACUCUAAAUCCAUCUCUAAGGUAAAUCUCACCAAUAUUGGACUAAAAGGUACGCUUCACACUCUCAAUUUCUCAUCACUUCAAAAACUCCAUGGUUUAGUUUUAAAAAACAACUUGUUCUAUGGUGUUGUUCCACACCUUAUUGGGGUAAUGUCCAACCUAGACACUCUUGAUUUUUCACAAAACAAUUUCCAUGGUAGUAUUCCCAACACUGUUGGUAAUCUCUCCAGACUCUCCUUUCUUGAUUUCAGUUCCAAUAAUCUCACUGACACAAUUCCAAGUGAGAUAACCCAUUUGGUUGGUCUUUAUACACUUUCAAUGAGUCACAAUUCUUUUCUUAGUGGUUAUCUUCCUCGAGAAAUCGGUAGACUGAGGAAUUUGACACUGCUUGAUAUUUCUUUUUGCAAUCUCAUAGGGACUAUUCCAAUCUCGAUAGAAAAGAUAACCAACAUGUCACACCUUGACUUUGCAAAAAACAGCCUUUCUGGAAACAUUCCUCAUGGGAUUUGGAAAAUGGACUUAAAGUAUUUGUCACUUCAAAAUAAUAACUUCAAUGAUUCCAUCUCACAAAAUAUUUUCAAGUCACGGAACCUAGAGUUUCUUCAUCUUCAAGAAAGUGGCCUUUACGGUUUCAUGCCUAAGGAGUUUGGGAUGUUGGGUAACUUAAUAGAUCUUGAUAUUAGUCACUGCAAUCUCACAGGGUCUAUCUCUAUUUCUAUAGGAAAAUUGACCAAUAUAUCAAGUCUCUUGUUAAAUAACAACCAACUUUUUGGCCAAAUUCCUCGUGAAAUUGGAAAUUUGGCUAAGCUCAAGAAUCUUUUUCUUGAACAUAAUAGUCUUUCUGGCUCUAUUCCUCGUGAAAUAGGGUUUCUAAAACAACUUGACCUUCUUGAUUUGUCUACGAAUGUUCUCUCUGGCACAAUCCCUUCAUCAAUUGGAAACUUGAGCAAUUUACAAUUUCUGUACCUUUAUGCAAACCAUAUCAUUGGAAGCAUUCCUAGUGAAAUUGGAAACCUCAAUUCCCUCACCACAAUACAAGUGGACGGAAACGGUCUUUCUGGACCAAUCCCAUCUUCCAUUGGUAACUUGGUCAAUUUGGAUACUAUUUAUCUUUCACAAAAUAAACUUUCUGGACCAAUUCCUUCCACCAUCGGAAAUUUAACAAAACUAACUGCAAUACUUUUUGACUCAAAUGCUCUCACCGGACAAAUCCCACAUUCAAUAGGUAACAUAGUCAAUUUGGAUACUAUUUAUCUUUCACAAAAUAAAUUGUCUGGACGGAUUCCUUCCACCUUUGGAAAUUUAACAAAACUAACUAUGUUAUCUCUUUUCUCAAAUGCUCUCACCGGACAAAUCCCACCUUCCAUAGGUAACAUAGUCAAUUUGGAUACUAUUUCUCUUUCACAAAAUAAAUUGUCUGGACGGAUUCCUUCCACCUUUGGAAAUUUAACAAAACUAACUAUAUUACAUCUUUUAUCAAAUGCUCUCACUGGAAAUAUUCCAACUGAAAUGAAUAGACUUACAGAUUUGGAAUCACUCCAGUUAGCUUACAAUAAUUUCACAGGUGAUUUACCUCACAACAUUUGUGUUGGUGGGAAGUUGAUUUAUUUGACUAUUAAUAAUAAUCAAUUUACGGGCCUAAUUCCAUAUAGUUUGGAGAAUUGCUCAAGUUUAAAGAGAGUUAGACUUGAUCAAAACAGAUUAACUGAUAAUAUAACAAAUGGGUUUGGUGUGUAUCCGAAUUUGGUCUACAUGGAAUUAAGUAAUAAUAAUUUUUAUGGACAUCUAUCAUCAAAUUGGGGAAAGUGCAAGAAUCUCACAAGCCUUAAAAUCUCUAACAAUAAUUUAACAGGAACCAUACCACCAGAAUUGGGUGAUGCAGUUAAUUUAGGUGAACUUAACUUGUCUUCAAACCAUCUUACUGGAAAAAUUCCAAAGGAGCUAGGGAACUUAUCUUUUUUGUACAAACUCUCGAUAAGUAACAAUCAUCUUUCGGGAGAAGUUCCUGUACAAAUUGCAUCAUUGCGUGAACUAACUUCCUUGGAGCUUGCAACAAAUAAUUUAAGUGGCUUCAUCCCUGAAAAACUUGGAAGGUUGUCAGCAUUAUUGCAGUUGAAUUUGAGUCACAAUAAAUUUGAAGGAAACAUUCCUGAUGAUUUUGGCCAAUUGAAAGUUAUUGAACAACUUGAUCUAAGCAAGAAUUUUUUAAAUGGAACCAUACCAUCGAUGCUGGGACAAUUAAAUUCUUUAGAAACAUUGAAUCUCUCACACAAUAAUCUUUCUGGUACCAUUCUCUUGAGCUAUGGUGACAUGUUAAGCUUGACAAAUGUUGAUAUAUCAUACAAUCAAUUGGAGGGUCCAGUUCCAAACAUUCCAGCCUUCCAAAAUGCCUCAUUUAACCAACUCAGAAAUAACAAAGGCUUGUGUGGUAAUGUCUCUGGCCUUAAGCCUUGCUCAACAUCAGGUGGAAACUAUCAUAGUCAUAAGAAUAACAAAAUCUUGGUGCUUGUUUUACCCCUCACUCUAGGCACAUUAUUGUUAGCAUUGUUUGUUUUUUGGAUCUCAUAUCAUCUAUAUCAAAUUUCAAGAAAAAAAGAUUUAAAGGCUCCUGAAGAAUCAGACAAUGUAAAUCUUUUUUCUAUAUGGAGUUUUGAUGGGAAAAUGGUGUAUGAGAAUAUUAUUGAAGCCACAGAAGAGUUUGACAACAAGCAUCUCAUUGGAGUUGGAGGGCAUGGAAGUGUUUACAGAGCUGAAUUGCCCACAGGUCAAGUUGUUGCUGUGAAAAAAAUCCAUUCAUUACAAAAUGAAGAAAUGUCCAAUCUGAAAGCUUUUGAGAGUGAGAUUCGUGCUUUGACAGAGAUUCGACAUCGGAACAUUGUGAAGUUAUAUGGGUUUUGUUCACAUUCACUACACUCAUUUUUGGUUUAUGAAUUCUUGGAAAAGGGUAGCAUGGACAACAUUUUGAAGGAGAAUGAAACAUCUGGUGAAUUUGAUUGGAAGAGGAGGGUGAAUGUCAUUAAAGAUGUUGCAAAUGCUUUAUCUUAUAUGCAUCAUGAUUGCACACCUCCCAUUGUUCAUCGUGAUAUAUCCAGCAAGAAUGUUAUUUUGAAUUUGGAAUAUGUCGCUCAUGUUUCGGACUUCGGAACAUCUAAGUUUCUAAAUCCCAAUUCAUCCAAUAUGACUUCUUUUGCAGGAACGUUUGGAUAUGCAGCUCCAGAACUAGCAUACACAAUGGAAGUAAAUGAAAAAUGUGAUGUGUAUAGUUUUGGAAUAUUAACUUUAGAGAUACUUUUUGGGAAGCAUCCGGGAGAUAUUGUAACUUGUUUGUGGCAACAAUCUUCAGAAAGUGUUAUGGACCUCACACUUGAUACUUUGCCAUGGAUGGAGAAGUUGGACCAGCGUCUCCCAUAUCCCAGAAACAAUGUUCAAAAGGACGUGAGUUUGAUGAUAAGGAUAGCAAUUUCAUGUUUAACUGAAAGUCCAAGAUCUCGCCCUACCAUGGCGCAAGUCUGCAAAAAGCUUGUAAUGUAA